AUGUCGUCCUCCCGUGUUGGUCUUCGCUUCUUCCAGAACACCAGAGCUGCUUUCCGCAACGCAUAUGGCCCUUUCCGUCGGCCUGGUGCCCAGGGCUUCCGCUUCCAGAGCUCCGAUGCUGCGGCCGCUGAGCAACAGAGCACUUUCCAGCGUCUAUGGAACAGCCCGGUCGGUGUGAAGACGGUGCAUUUCUGGGCUCCCGUUAUGAAGUGGGCUCUUGUCAUCGCCGGUAUCUCCGAUCUUAGCCGCCCUGCCGAGAAGCUCUCCCUCACUCAGAACGGUGCCCUGAUGGCCACUGGCUGCAUCUGGACUCGUUGGUGCAUGAUCAUCACCCCCAAGAACUACCUGCUCGCUGCUGUCAACUUCUUCCUCGGAUGUGUCGGUGUUGUCCAGGUCGGCCGUAUCAUCAACUACCGCCGUAGCCUUGACGGCUCGACCGCCGCCGCCGUGCAGGAUCUGGAACAGGAGGUGGCCGAUGACGCCAAGGCUGUUGCUACUCAGGCGAAGGCUGCCGUCGAGAAGUCUGCUUAA